CCUAUUCCAGUCUAUUCAACUGCAAGUAAAACGCUAUCCAAGCUCCGAUAGACCGCAUUCGAUCGAGGGUUUGUGUCUCUGCGGCGCCUUCCCGUCGCGAACCAGGUGUGUUGGAGAGAGAGUGGGUGAGAGGGACUUAGACCAGGUACAACAGAACAGACUGACCCCAACUCUCAGGAUGGGGGUGACGGGACCUCCGGCCGUUGUCACCAAGUUGGCGCGAGGAGAGACCGGCAGGAGACGUUCGUUCAACCCGUUCCACAGCGUAAAGUUUUUUGUGCUGUGCCAUGGACUCCUGCAACUCUCUCAGCUCCUGGUAUCGGGGUACAUGAAGAGCAUCGUGUCAACCAUCGAGAAGCGCUUUGGGCUGUCGAGCCAGAACUCGGGAAUGCUCUCUUCUCUCAACGAGAUUGGAAGUACGGUGUUGAUUGUCUUCAUCAGCUACUUUGGUAGCCGGGUUCACCGGCCGCGGUUGAUUGGUUGCGGAGGGAUCCUGGUCAGCUUUGCCGCCUUCACCAUGUCUGUGCCGCACUUCAUCAUGGGCCGUUACGUGUACGAUGGGGCCGUGCAGAACAACGUGACCGGCACGUGCCACCCGGCAGGCGGUGGCCCGGCUGUGAACGAGAGCUGCGGCACUGGCGGCCAUCAGAGUGACCACCACGUCUUGUCGCUGCUGAUGCUCGGACAACUGCUGCUGGGGAUCGGCGGGGUCCCCAUCCAACCCUUCGGCAUCUCCUAUGUCGACGACUACGCCACUCAUGGCGGCGUGGUGAUGAGAAGGCUGAGCAUUGGCCUGAGGGGAUCGGCCAUCAUGUGCUGCCUGGCCAUCUUUAUCUCCAUCUGCACGGCCGCACCACUGCUGUUCCUCGGCUGCAGCACCCAGCGGGUUGUCGGGGUCAACACCUUGAACGGGACAUUGGAUGUCAGGCAGAGCUGCAAUCAAGGCUGUUCGUGUGGCGAUCAUGUCUACAACCCUGUCUGUGCCCCCGAUGACAUUGAGUUCAUCUCUCCCUGCCAUGCAGGUUGUCACAAUGUGGACUUCAACACUCAGGGAAAGGUCAUGGUUUACAGCAACUGUAGCUGCGUUCCCGGCCACGGCGAGGUUCGGCCAGGGACGUGCGGCACCAGCUGCUCACACCUACUCCCGCCCUUCAUAUUCUUCCUCACCCUGACUGGCUUUGUGGCCACCUUCUGCCAAACACCAUCAUUCAUGUUGGUGCUGAGAUCAGUGAAGCCAGAGGACAAGUCGCUGGCUAUCGGGAUUCAGUUCAUGCUGUUCCGAGUUCUCGCUUGGCUCCCCGGUCCGAUGUUGUACGGCAGCACCAUCGACAGCACGUGCAUCCUGUGGGAAAACAAAUGCGAGAGGAAGGCGGCGUGCCGAUACUACAACCUCAACCUCUUCCGAGCUCGGUACAUCGGACUGCAGAUGUUAUUCCAGAGUGCGGCGUUCCUUCUCUUUCUCAUGGCCUACUACUUCCUCAGGAGGAACUCGUUGAAGCUGGAGAGAAGAGCCGGAGAUCUCCCACCGCUGCCCAAGGAACGUGUGGAGCUGUUGGAUGAAAGUUCCAAGACUAAAGUCCAUCUGAAGGUGUGAGGUGGAUGAGAGGGGACGGAGGAAUUAUUAAUCUGUAUAUAUCAUCUCCAGACGGUAGAACUUGGAGUUGGCUCCAGGUUUCAGCAACCCAAGAGACUUCCGGAUCUCGUUCGUCCCUCCUGAGUUUGGCUCGGACAUCUUGUUGGUGGAGAUAGCCCAGAACAUGAGGGGGCCACGUCCUUGGGUUGGCUGGAGGUGUCCCCACCUGCUCCAUCUCCCGAUGGACUUCCAUCUCCAUCUGAGAUUGGCCUGCCCUGAAAAAAAGUUCAGACAAUAGGUGCAGAUGUAGGCCAUUCGGCCCUCCGAGCCAGCACCACCAUUCAAUGUGAUCAUGGCUGAUCAUCCCCAAUCAGUACCCCGUUCCUGCCUUCUCUCCAUAUCCCCUAACUCCGCUAU